AUUCGGUGUCGCCGAUUGAUGACGUCAGUGUGUGUAGGAGUUUACGAACGCCAUGGCGGCUCAUGCUAGCGAGCUAGAGAUUGCAAAGAAAAAUUUAACUGACGCGAUCGGCGACAAUGUCAAACAUUACUGGGCAAACCUGAAGCUGUGGUUCAAACAGAAGAUCAGCAAGGAGGAGUUUGACGUCGAGGCCCGUCGUCUGUUGGCUCAGGAGAAUGUCCACGUUCACAAUGAUUUCCUCCUGGCCAUCCUCACACGCUGCCAGAUCAUCGUCUCCACGCCAGAGGGCACUGGACCAUUACAGUGGCAGGGCGGCUCUGCUUCAAAGCCUGGCAAACCAAAAGGAAAGAAGAAAUGCUCCUCUCGACAGAAAUUUGAUCAUCGUUUCCAGCCCCAGAACCCUCUGAGCGCUGCCCAGCCCUUCAGCCCUCGAGAGGCGGGAGGCGAGGAGGAGGAGCUGCGUCUCAGCGCCCACACCCUGCUGCUGCCCACGCGGGGCCAGCUGGAGGCCCGCAUGAUGGUGACGGCGUUCGAGCUGGGCCUAGACAACAUCACAGACGAUUCCGUCAGCUCAAUGAUCUACGCCGUCGAGCACCACCUGAAAGAUGUGCUGACCGCUGUCAUCACCCGGAGGAAGGCGUAUCGCCUGCGGGACGGUCAUUUCCCUUACGCCUUUGGCAGCGAUGUCACGCCACAGCCUUAUCUGAAAAACAGCCUCGCUGCUUACCACAGUGUUGCUGAAUGUCCUCCUCCAAGUGCGUCUCUCCCCGCUGGCCCACCACCUCAGGUGUCACCCGAUGAGGCUGAGCAACAAGCCGUCCACUUAUUGGCUUGUUCGGCUGACAGUCUCCCUGCGUCGCUCUCUCCAAUCAACCUGUUUGAUCUCCUGGAGGCAUUACAGGUUCACCAUGGUGUGAUGCCCUCCCACACCAUGUACGCCCUCAACAUGGAGCGCAUCCUGUCGCGGCUCUGGCACCCGAGCCACGAAGAGCUGGAACAAGACCACGUGCAUCGGCAACGCCUUGCCGCGAAGGAGGGCUGAGAACCAACGGACACGGGGACUGUAUAUAAACGGUGGGAUAUCAUCAAGAGACAAACAAAAAAAAAGUAAUUCUCAAAACGAGAAUGGAGGGGCAACAACAUGUUCACAAAAACUCAUAAGACCUGGAAAAUUGCUCAUCAAGUUGCACAGAAAAAGGAUGAGUGCAGCGGGAUGAAAAAUAAAAUAUUUGGACGGUGGACACAGAGUGAGCAGGCAGCAUCAGCAAUUUUGGCAGUCGACCAGCCACCACUUUCACUUUCUUGUCAUACAGUGAGAAACGUAUUUGUGCGGAUAUAAUAUUUGUGUUUAAUUUUACAGCAGCUAUGAGCACCGGACAAGAAAAUAUGCUCCCGGCCCAGUUUGCACAGCGUGAGUGGUUUUUUUUGUUAAGCCUGAAAUGAAACUUUGCUGCGUUACAGUUCAUCUUGUUCCCUUUGACAGACACAGAUAUGCACCACAACUGUUGAUAAAAAAAAAAACUUCUUCCCUGGAAUAAAACAUUACAGCCCUUAUCUAAUCAUAAAGCAUUCUGUACAUGAGCAGGUCAGAAUAUAUUGCACGUAGGACAAAAAAAAAUUUGGAUGAUUAGAUCUCAUGUCAGGCUCAAGUUUGGGGCAAUGCCCUGAUGAUCGUUAGGUCUAAUUUAAUAAGAUUUGAUCGAUAAAGAUGGAAAUAGUCAAAGAUCAAAUGGUCCGUUCAGCACAGUUUGUUUAGUAUCCUGUGGUUCUGUGUCACAGUUUUCCCUACAACCUUUACUUUCUUUCUUUUUUUUCUACACAAAGCUUGUUUGCUAUGAAUUAAUUUUACAAACUGUAUACUUGGUAAAAAAAAUAAAUGAAAAUUGAUAUUUUUUUUAAUUCAAAAUA